UUUUCUGCUCUCCUGUUGUUUGUUUAUCUCCCUCGAAUCCUCCUCCAUCUUCUCUGUAAACUCUCCAAGUCCAUUACCCUAACCCUAGAAACUUGAGAGGCCAUAGCCAUGGCGAUUAGGCAGCUCUUAACCCUUGCGCGGAGAUCCCAUAAAUCAUCAUGUCCCUCUACCCGCGCUCUCCUGCAAUCCAGUCGAUCUGCAUCGACUUCUCCCGCCGUCGCAGAUUUACCAUCACCUCCAGCUCCGAAUGUCAUGGUCUACGAUCGACUCGCAGAAGCAGUGAAAGCGAAGCUCAAGCGACUCGACAACUCCGAUCCUAGGUUCAUCCAGCACGCCUCCCCUCACCCAGUCCUCGUUGAUCACACAAAAAUCCUUUCAGCUCCUGAAACUCGCGUAACGACUCUGCCUAAUGGACUCAGGAUCGCGACUGAGUCGAACUUGGCGUCUCGCACUGCCACGGUUGGCGUGUGGAUCGAUGCUGGGAGCAGGUUCGAGACCGAUGAGACGAACGGUACUGCACAUUUCCUCGAGCACAUGAUAUUUAAGGGUACGGAGAAGAGGUCAGUUAGGGUAUUGGAAGAGGAGAUCGAGAACAUGGGAGGGCAUUUGAAUGCAUAUACCUCCAGGGAGCAGACGACGUAUUACGCCAAGGUAAUGGAUAAAGAUGUCCCGAAGGCACUCGAUAUCCUUGCUGAUAUAUUGCAAAAUUCCUGCUUUAGCGAGAAUCGGAUCAACCGUGAGCGAGACGUAAUUCUGCGCGAGAUGGAAGAGGUGGAGGGGCAAGCUGAGGAAGUUAUUUUUGACCAUUUGCAUGCAACUGCCUUCCAAUAUACUCCAUUGGGUAGGACUAUUUUGGGGCCUGCUCAGAAUAUUAAGACAAUCACGAAAGCUCAUCUUCAAAACUACAUUUCAACCCAUUAUACAGCUCCUAGAAUGGUCAUUUCUGCUGCUGGAGCUGUUAAGCAUGAGGAUAUUGUUGAGCAAGUAAAGAAGCUCUUUACAAAGCUCUCUACUGAUCCUACCACUGCUGCUCAGUUGGUUGCAAAGGAACCAGCAGCCUUUACUGGUUCUGAGGUUCGGAUAAUUGAUGAUGAUGUUCCUCUUGCACAAUUUGCUGUUGCAUUCAAUGGAGCUUCGUGGACAGACCCAGAUUCAAUUGCUUUGAUGGUCAUGCAGUCCAUGCUAGGUUCGUGGAAUAAAAAUACAGGAGGGGGAAAGCACAUGGGUUCAGAACUUGCACAGAGGGUUGCUAUAAAUGAAGUAGCUGAGAGCAUGAUGGCUUUCAACACUAACUAUAAGGACACAGGAUUGUUUGGUGUUUAUGCCAUUGCCAAGCCGGAUUGCUUGGAUGAUCUAGCGUAUGCAAUUAUGUAUGAGAUAAGCAAGCUCUCUUACCGAGUCUCAGAAGCUGAUGUUACUCGUGCUCGUAAUCAGUUGAAAUCUUCUCUGCUCCUUCACAUUGAUGGAACCAGUCCUGUUGCUGAAGAUAUUGGGCGUCAGCUUCUUACCUAUGGCCGAAGAAUCUCUUUUGCCGAACUGUUUGCAAGGAUUGAUGCUGUGGAUGCAAGCACCGUAAAGCGUGUUGCAAACCGGUUUAUAUUUGACAAGGACAUUGCAAUUGCAGCGAUGGGUCCCGUUCAAGGUUUACCAGACUACAACUGGUUCAGGCGCAGGACCUACUGGAACCGUUACUAGGUUAAAUUUUUGGUUUUUUUGGUCAUUAUUUAUCCUGUUUUUCCUCAUUUCAAAAAUGUCUCAUAAUACCAAUCUCUGGUUGCUUUACCACAUAUUUCCUUGAGAGCCUUCAUGGCUGGAAUUUUUUUGGUAUCGAUUCUGGGCUCUUGUUUCUGUAACAUCUUCCAAUUUGGUCAAAUGAAUAAUUGUUCAGAUCUUAAAGAAACACAUACUGUGCGUUGGAAGGCACAGAAACCCUUUCAUUAUGGCGCCUUUUUUUUUUUGGUGCAAGAAAGUAAA